AUGUUAACUGAUUUUAUUCAAAAACAAGGUGGUCUCGAGAUUUCCGGAUUGGCUGAAUAUCGCUCAACGGGUGAAAAAACCGAAUGCCAGCCGUCACCAUCUCCAACUGGAGUCGAUGCAGAGGACCGGCGAAAUCGAACCAGUUAUAAUGAUUUAAAUACGGAACAACAGGAAAGGGCUCUGCUUCAAGUGAGGUACAAGUGCCAGCAAGUGGCGACAAAGUUGAAGAAGCUGAAGCCGAUUUUGGACUGUUCAUUGGACGAGGACAAUCGUCCGAUGAUACGG